AUGCAAAAAGUUAGCCAAAAAGAGCAGCUUCAAAUAGAAAAUCGAGAACAAAAUAAAAAUAAUAGAGAAGCUGAGGCAAAAUUCAAAGAAGGAAGGACCCUUCUUCGUGACGCUAGAACUCCCGAACAGUUUGAAGAAGCAGCUCAAUGUUUUUCUGACGCAAUAAGCCUAAGAGAAGACAAAGGAAUUUACUGAGCUUAUAGAGGUAUUGCAUUCAGAAAUAUAGGCUGGUUUCGACGUGCAUCCUGUGAUUUUUCUAUGGCCAUUCAGCUGGACUCAGGAUAUCCUCAACAUUAUGCUGAGCGUGGAAUUUGUUAUCAAAAAAUGGGUAGGCUUGAAGAAGCGCUUGAAGACUUUAAUGAAGCUAUAUAUUUAGAGCCAGCAAAUGGACAUUACUAUUACUCGCGUGCUAUCGUGUACAGUAAAAUGGGAAAAUACGAUCAAGCAGUUGACGAUUAUACAAAGGCCAUAACUGCUUUGCAAGACCCAUUUCAAGCUUUAUGUAACCGUGGAAAUUGCUACAGGAGACUUGAGAAAAUGGACUUAUCUAUUUCAGACUUGAAAAAAGCUGUCACAAUGCAGCAAGACAACGUGAAUGCUAGAAAUAACCUUGGACUGAGCUAUUUUGAAAACAAAGAAUUUGACCAAGCUCUAUUGGAGUUUAACAAAGCUAUAGAAAUGGAUAAAGAGAACCCAACCUUGUACUAUAAUAGAGGCAUUGUUUUUUAUCAUAUGGAGGAGAAUGAAGCUGCUUUAAAAGAUUUCAAUAAAGCUAUAGAGCUAGACUAUCAAGACCCAAAUUAUUAUUUUAAUAGAGGAAACACAUAUUUGGCUAUGGAAAAUUAUAAUAAAGCCUAUAGUGAUUUUGAUAGAGCAAUAGGUCUUGCCCCUCAAAAUCCUAAAUUUUAUCAUUCAAAAGGUCUUGCCUUCCAAAAAGAAGAAAAAUACAAUGAAGCUAUUGAAAUGUUUUCUAAAGCUUUAGACAUAGCUCCCGAUCAUGUUGCUUCUAGAUACCAUUUAGGCUUGAUGCUUCAUAAAUCAGGGCAUUUUCCACAGGCUUUGCAAGCCUUUACAAAAGUUUUAGAUCUUGUAGGGGAAGAUAGGCUUGUUUAUGAAAGUCGUGGAAGGCUUUAUCAAGAUAUGAGAAACCAUGAAAUCGCAAUAAGAGAUUUCAAUAAAGCAAUUUCAAUUGACCCACAUAGUCCUGAUGCAUACAUAUUUAGAGGAAUUUCUCUGCUGAAACUAGGCAAGCCAGAAAACUCGAUAACAGAUUUUGAUAAAGCAAUUGAAUUGAACUCUGAAAGUCCAUUAAUAGAUAACGGACUAGGUUGUGCCCACAAAGCAUUGGGAAACUUCGAAGAUGCCUUAAUUCAUAUGUCAACAGCAAUUGACAAAGAGCCUUCUUCAGUUGAUUUUCUAAUGGAUCGGGCAGGCUUACAUUGUGAUAUGCAUCAUUACCCAAGUGCUGUUGAAGACCUUACCAAAGCUUUAGAACUCCAUCCAGAAGAUCCUCAGCUGUUUUAUAAACGUGGCCUAGCUUAUUAUAAAAAUGAAAACUAUGAAGAAGCUAUAAAAGACUUCAAGCAAAGCUUGUCCUUCCACCCAUUUCCUACCUAUAAGCCAGAUAUUCAUUAUCAUUUAGGCCUUGCCUAUGCAUGCUUAGAAAUGUUUGAAAAAGCUAUAAAGCCUUUCACAAAAUGCAUUGAUUUGUGUCCAAAUGAAGCUGUCUAUUAUCACGAAAGAGCAAAAGCUUAUCAAAUGGUCGACAAAAAUGCAGAAGCUCUUGAGGAUUUCGGCAACGUUAUUAAGCUGCAGCCUAAUAACGCUCAUGCCUUUUUUAGAAGAGCUUUUAGUCAAAAAGCUUUGAAAUUCUAUCAAGAAGCUGCUGAAGAUUUUAGUAGAGCUAGAACUCUGCAACCAAAAAAUCCAGCCCUGGUGAUUAAUGCUAAAAAAGUGCAUGGGGUGAAAUGCAUUGUACUUUGUAAGCCUGGACAAGAGCCAAAUUUUAACUAA